CUCGCUUCGCCGUGUGUCUCGGCGGCUCCUUGCAGGGCCCGCGUGAUCUUCCGCGAGUGAUCUUGGACUUCCCGGGAGGGGCCCCCGGGGUCCAAGACGUUCUCCCUGGAGCCGGGGGGUCUUGGCGCACCCUCGGGGCCGGCCGAGACGUAGAGCAGAGUGAAUAUAAUUAUUUCUAACGUCAGUUUCAAACUAUUUACCCUUGGAUAUCAGUCCAAUUAUAUGAAAUUAUGGCUGGUUAUAAGCCUGUAGCUAUUCAAACAUACCCUGUACUUGGAGAAAAAAUCACCCAAGAUACACUGUACUGGAACAACUAUAAGACCCCUGUUCAGAUCAAGGAGUUCGGUGCAGUGUCAAAAGUUGACUUUUCUCCGCAGCCCCCAUAUAAUUAUGCUGUCACAGCUUCUUCAAGGAUUCACAUUUAUGGCCGGUAUUCCCAAGAACCUAUAAAAACCUUCUCCCGAUUUAAAGACACAGCGUACUGUGCUACUUUUCGACAGGACGGUAGACUGCUGGUGGCUGGCAGUGAAGAUGGUGGAGUUCAGCUUUUUGAUAUAAGUGGGAGGGCUCCUCUCAGGCAGUUUGAAGGCCAUACUAAAGCAGUUCAUACAGUAGAUUUUACAGCUGACAAAUAUCAUGUGGUCUCUGGGGCUGAUGAUUAUACAGUUAAAUUAUGGGAUAUUCCAAACUCCAAAGAAAUUCUGACGUUCAAAGAACAUUCUGAUUAUGUGAGGUGUGGAUGUGCUAGCAAACUGAACCCAGAUCUCUUUGUAACAGGGUCAUACGAUCAUACUGUGAAGAUGUUUGAUGCCCGAACAAGUCAGAGUGUUAUCUCUGUUGAGCAUGGGCAGCCAGUGGAGAGCGUCCUGCUUUUUCCCUCUGGAGGUCUUCUGGUAUCAGCAGGAGGUCGCUAUGUUAAAGUCUGGGACAUGCUGAAAGGAGGACAGUUGCUGGUGUCCUUGAAAAAUCAUCAUAAAACUGUGACGUGUUUAUGUCUGAGCAGCUCUGGGCAAAGGUUGCUCUCUGGCUCACUGGACAGGAAGGUGAAAGUAUACAGCACAACUUCCUACAAAGUGGUCCACAGUUUGGAUUAUGCGGCUUCAAUUUUGAGUCUUGCACUCGCACAUGAAGAUGAGACAAUAGUUGUAGGAAUGACCAAUGGAAUACUGAGUGUCAAACAUCGGAAAUCUGAAGCAAAGAAGGAUUCUCUUCCCAGGAGAAGAAGGCCUGCAUAUCGAACCUUUAUUAAAGGAAAAAGUUACAUGAAGCAACGGGAUGACAUUUUGAUCAACAGGCCUUCCAAGAAACACCUAGAAUUGUAUGACAGGGAUCUGAAAAAUUUCCGGGUCUCUAAGGCACUUGACAGAGUCCUUGAGCCCAGUUGUACAAUAAAGACACCUGAGGUUACAGUUUCCAUCAUAAAGGAGCUAAACCGAAGAGGAGUCCUUGCAAAUGCCCUUGCAGGUCGGGAUGAAAAGGAAAUCAGUCGUGUUCUUAAUUUUCUGAUAAGGAAUCUGUCUCAGCCAAGAUUUGCCCCUGUUUUGAUCAAUGCUGCUGAAAUAAUUAUCGAUAUCUAUCUGCCUGUGAUUGGUCAGUCACCUGUAGUUGAUAAAAAGUUUUUGGUGCUUCAAGGACUUGUAGAAAAAGAGAUUGAUUACCAAAGAGAACUCUUAGAAACCUUGGGCAUGAUGGAUAUGCUCUUUGCUACCAUGACAAGGAAAGACAGCACUUUGGUCUGGCAGCGCACGUCUGGUGGAUUGCUAGAGAACAAGAAGGUGGAAUCGUAGUGUCUGCUUAGUCAGACACAGAAGAACUCCUAGCUUGGAUUAGAUUUGAUUCUAUUAACUGUUGGAAAGAGAAUCUCCUUGACACAUUAUAAAAUACUAUUUAUAGAAGCAAUUUUGUGAAAGAGAUUGGAAUAACUAUGAUUGGAAAAUAAGUCCCAGUUUUAAGAUGUGGCUUUUCAUGUAAUAUUGUGGUUUAUUUCAUGGCAUCCUUGGCUGAAAGAGCUCAGUUAUUUUGGUCACGGUGUAUGUCUACCUUGGCCAAGUCGAUAGUACUUUUAAUACAGCAAAGCUCUGUAUCACGUUUGGGUCGGCAUUCAGAACUCUGGAGAGGGCUUCAACUGGGAAUCCUGCCACCAGAACAGGGCUUUAGUUUUUAUUGCUGUCCUGGAAAAACAACAACAAAACAAAUGGCAACAAGUAAAUUCUUUGUUCACUCUGAUCAGUGCCUUGGGGUUUCCAGGCAGUAGCUGAGCUUGCCUCCCCUGUCCUGGACGUCGUCACUCAUCCUGGGUCCCAUGUUCUGCUUCAGCUGGUGAUAGGACUGCCCCCUGCUCUGUGUGUGGCGCAUGCACGGCCAACUCUGGGUAACUGACACUAGUUAGCCAGGUAUUCAGAGCAUCAUGAGGCAGAUUGGAACCCUGCACGGCAUGCUCUCCGCCCCAGCUUUUCUCUAUUUCUUCAGUCGUGACUAUCCUUCUCAGAACGAGAUCUACAGACAGACCUUAUUGGACCACGUUUUUCUCCUCCUCAAUAUGCAGCCUUUGUACCGAGUUUUCAGCUUGCUUGGGUCAGGGGAUGUUAAAUGUGCCGUUGCUCCAUUGCUCUUGUAAUAAAGAGCAUCCAGCCUUUUACACGGGUGGUUGGCGCUUACCUCGCAGCUGCCUCCCCUCCGAAAACCGUUUGCUGUGUGUUUAGAUUUGUUUCUCUGUUCUUCACAAUCAUCUUGUCUUUCAGAACUCCAAGCCAGAGUAGCUUGCUUUGGAAAAUAGGUUAUUUUUUUAAAGUUCAACGUAAAUUACAUUUUUUUAUAAAGAGAUUCUUACUUUCUUCUUGAAUUUCUGAGAUGUAUCCAAGAUGUAUUCCUGCUGCCUAGUCACUGGCUAGCGCCUCCUGGCACCCCGAUUUCACACUUACUACCUCUCCCACCUUCUCCCAGUUCCUCUGCCACUGUAAGUAGUUCUCUCUGUAGGGAAAUGUGCUUUGGGCUGGAAGAACCCAUUGGUCCAGGAAGAUUUUGUAAUGGGAAUCUCCUCUUAAAAUUUCAGUGUGGUGAAUUCAGAUUUUUUUUAAAGCAGAAAAGAUAUUUCUAUGUUUUAGUAACAACAUGUGCUCAAAAAUAGGAUCUAGUUUCCUCUUCACGAGUUGAUGUAAACAGCCCUGCAGCAGAUGGCUUUAAGAAACCAAGAAAUUGCUCCCCUGUGUAAUUAGGAGAUUAGUCAAGGUCAGAAACUGUGUCUUCAUGUUGAAAAGGGUUAAUUUAUUUAAAUAAAUUUUGUAUUUAAAAGCUUUUUUAAAACUUUAACUUCACAAGUAUGCUGAUAAUUUGAAUAUUAGUAAAACUUAGAAGUUGAAAUUGUAUCUUAAAACUAGCUGCCAACAAGCGUGUAACAUGUGACAAGGGUUUUCCCAUCCGUUACUUUAUUUCGUUCUCACCCCAGCCGUCCAAGGCUGGUGUUCUCGUUUAACAGUGAACCGCGGCAGUGGUUACUUCACCUUUGAAUUCUCCGAGCUUGACUACGCGUCAUCCCCAUGCUCUGGACUGGCCUGCCUGCUGGACAGAGACUCCUCACUCCCUUAACAGCAUCGCCGAGUGCUGCCGUCCUUAGAUGAAAUGUGUAAUGAUUACAGGUUGUUAAAAGGGUCAGGAAACAAUUCCCGUAGCCAUCAAUGCUUAGGUGUUAAAUUCAGGAAUGGUUUUUAUAGUCACUGGGACAAACUGGCAUUUGCUAUUUGAAGUAUUUAAACAUAACCAGCACCUUACAGUAGGUGACAUUGGCCUUCGGAUUCUAAUUUAAAAUGCCUAACAGGUUUUUCAACUUGGGAAUUUUAGUGGAAAGGUAUUUUAAAAUGUUACUAAGCCUGCAAAAAUACUGAAGUGUUUCAGAGAACUUGGAAAGUCACUGUACAUUUAAUUUAUUAUAUUUAUAAGAGUUCAGUGCUUGAGAAGGUUUUGCUUGUUGGGUCAAGCAUUUGAAAUGCUAUGUACAAGAAAACCAAAUAUCUUAAAUGUGUAAAUGCUGUUAAGUUGUUUAAAGGAAUUUGGAUUGUAAAUGAGAUUGUUUAAGGAAAUUCAAUCUGUUCAACUUAAAUCAACUCUAUCAAAUGUUAAUUAAAGGCCCCCUUAAAAGUGAUUAUAUUAAAAUGUACUAGUUUUCUGAAUGGAA